CAUAUUACCGUCUCAUCAAAGAAUAUUAAUUUUUCAUUUCUGGUAGCGAUUUUGCAAAGAAAUGGAUCUAUAUGAAAUGAAUCGACGAAUACUUUUGCCUUUCCAAUUUCGUUUACCCAAGGGAUCUCCCUAUAGGUGCGAACAUGAAGGUGAUCAUAUUAAAAUUUGUACGCAUGCCCACAGAGGAGGUAUUGACAUGGACCCAUCUUCUAAUAUAUCCAUCGGGUCCGAAUCACUUUUAGUAUCGAUUUGGGCUGGUCUGCCGGUGUUCAACCUGCCCCUUAAAUUUUUGAGAUAUUCUGACGAAAUUCGGUGCGCCGACAUGAUUUGGUCCAAGGUGCUUUUGGUGAAUGUUGAAAUGACUUUAACUAUUUCGAUUAAGUUCUAUGGAAUAAAUUUUCCGAAAGCUAUUGAUCAAAUAUGUACAACGAACGAGAGAGAAGAGUGGCAAAUGCAAUAACAACAAUAAUAGCAUGGAUUGUAUGGAGAUGUAUCCGAUAAAAAACUAUAUGAGCUUAAUUUUAAUGGCAUAAACUUCCGGAACGUGAUUAAAAUUCGGAAUACGUGUUAAAAUACGAGAAAGAGUAGUUGCGUUCAGAGUGAAUGAAGCAAUGGCCAUAAUAUGAAAGCACAUAGAUAUACCAA